AUGACAAAAACUGCAGCAUUAAGCUCAAAUGAGUCUACAUUUAAGCUUAAAAAGUCAGAAACAUCAAACACUUUCUUUGUAGCAGGGUUGAAGACUGGUCAGAUAUAUAAGUAAACAUCAAUCACAAUUGAUCUCGAGAAAUCUUAAACCAAUAAAUAUCAACUUGCACGAACCAUCAUUUAGUACCCUAUCUUAAGCAAUAGUGAAGAUGAGAAUUAGAGUGAAAUAGAGUAUAUUCAAGGAAUUUCUAAGGCAGAAUUACUGAAACAAUGCUAAAUGAGUGAAAAGGAAUUAGAUGACAUCUUAAAUUCAUAAGAGGCUUAUGAAUUUUUCAUUAUUUAGUCUGCACCUUAGACAUAUUCAUUUCUAGAUCCCCUUUCUUUAUAUGAAUUGAUAGAUUCUUUACUUAUCUUUCUCAAUUCAAUUUCCUAAACUGAUGGAAUCAGAGCAAAGCAAAUAUAAGAGAAUAAUGAUGGAAUAAUUAAAGAUAGAUAUUUGAAAGACUCAAGAAUUAUAGAAUAUGCUUUAAACUACAUUGCAGAUCAGAAUGGCGAUGAUAGUUACAAAUUGAAUUCUCAAAAAAUUACUAAGUCAAUUGCAUUAGCAAUGCUGUAUGUUAAGGGAGAUUAUUAUCUUAACGAAUUUAUUACAGCUCUCAAACAUGCUAUUGAUUUAGCAAUGCCAUUAUAAUAAAGUUCUCUAGAUGCUGAUAUGGAUGAUGACUCUUUAAAUAAGAAAGGGAUGAGUGAUUACUCAAAUAAUCUAUUUGAGCAAUAUUGCAAUUAUGAUCUCUCAUUUUUAAAAGGAUCUGCAAUUAUUCUACCAGUACAAGAAUUAAGAAUGGUAAACAAGCAAGAUGAUGUGAUAAGAUUACUUCAUCCUUACUAUUCACAAGAGUUUGAAUUCUGUUAUAAUAGCCCAGAGAAAAGGCUAGAUGCUUUAUUCGAUAUAAAGGACAAGUGGACUUAGUAAGAACUUAGCUAGUAUUUGAAAUCUUUCAUAGACUAAAAUGUUAAUUUUGACAAUUACCUAAUUAAAAAUACUAAAAUAAUCAAGGAAAAAAACCCUUUCAACUAAACAAAAGAUAUAGCUUACUAUAUGAAGAAGUUUUGA